CAGCGAGAAACUCCGCUGAAAACCGAGUUCUAGCCUGCACCACUCGCCAUAGUCUUGGGUGCACUCUCUCCCUUCGUCCCGAUCGUUGCGCAUUUCCAUAGAACCUUGCGGAUCCCGCUCACUUUUCGCUCGCCGCCAGUUUUUUCCUCCUUUUUCCCUUUUCCUUCGCGUUGCCCGGUUGGCUUAUCCAAUGGCGAAGAAGUCGAAACCGGCGCCGGCGAAAUCGAAGCCAACGACCCAGAAGCCGCUAGGCGUGGCGAAAUCCUCUGCGAAAAUUCAAAAGGCGACGGUUACCACCGGUGCUCCAGCAGCGAAAGCCCAAUCGCACAUCAGCGCGAAAGCGAAGCCGCUUUUAACGAAGAAACAGGAGAUGAUCGCGAAGAAGAAGCAGAAGAAAGCCGCAGCGAAAACCGCAGCGGAGGAAGCGGCGAAAGAACGACAGAGCAUGCGAGUAGUGCACGUGGGGCUGAUUCCGAAGAGCGAGACGCAGGGGAAAGCAGCGGGCGAGUUAGCGGGUGCACUGCAGGGGAAAGCGGUGGUCGGGUUUAAGAAGGAGAAAGUGCUCGUGCUGUCGUCGCGCGGCAUCGUGUACAGGUACCGCCAUCUGAUGGAGGACAUUGUCUCGCUGCUGCCCCACUCCAAGAAGGAGCCCAAGGUGGACGUGGCGCGGGGCAGGCUGCUCAACGAGGCGCUCUCGGAGCUCAUGGACCUCCGCAGCUGCUCGCUCUGCCUCUUCUUCGAGAUGCGCAAGCAGAGAGACCUCUACCUGUGGCUCAGCAAGGGGCCCGCAGGACCUUCCGUGAAGUUUCUCGUCAGUGCCGUGCACACUAUGGAGGAGCUCAAGCUCACAGGCAACCACCUCAAGGGCUCGCGGCCGUUCCUCACCUUCUCGCCGUCCUUCGACCGCCUGCCCUUCCUCUCCCUGCUCAAGGAACUCUUCAUUCAGACGUUUGCGACCCCUAAAGGCCAUCGCAAGUCGAAGCCCUUCUACGACCACGUGCUCACAUUCACCUACCUGGACAACCGCAUCUGGUUCAGAAACUACCAAAUGUGCAUUCCUGGAGCAGAGGGAGCAUCCAAAAUCGAUGAAAUCACCAUGGAGAAGAUGUCGUUAGUGGAGGUUGGACCUCGCUUCUGCCUGAAUCCCAUUCGCGUAUUCUCCGGCACAUUUGGAGGGCCCACACUUUAUGAGAAUCCUCACUACAUUUCGCCCAAUAAGGUUCGUGUCAACGAGAAGAGGAAGAGAGGAGAGGAAUAUCGCGAGAAGGUGCAGGAGAGGCACUCAAGGGAGACGUACAAGGUCGUAAACGCUCUCCCAGUAGAAGAUUUAGCACACGUCUGGGAUGGUAAGGAGGAUGGGGAGGAGGAUGGCGAGGAUUGACCAGUAGCUCUUGAAUUGAGGUUGUUUCUGUUGAAUUAUAUAUUUGAUAUAUGUAAUGGUAGGUUUGGUAGGUGUUACUAGAUCCUAUUGUAAAGGGUACAACCCUCCUUCUUGUGUUCCUCUCUCUUUUAGUCCA